AUGUUACUCAAUAUAGUGUGGAACGUUGCAGUGUCGUACAACCUCAGAAUCAAAAUCUAUCUGCCGUUUUAUGUGGACUUUCCUCCGGAAAAGAACCUCACAACAGAUGGAGAAGUGACUAUAGAUAUACUCGUGCGCGAACCAACAAAUUCUAUUGUGCUGAACCAGAAUGGUCUUGCCAUCAUAUCAGAUAGGUGCGAACUGCACUCAGUAGGUGGUUCCCUUUUCUUGAUUCUUAUAAAUCAGUUUUCCGAAGAAACAAUGCCUUUCAAAUUAAAAAAAAAAACUUUUGCUAUGAGUAGGAUUCUUUACAUCAAUGUUUGA